AUGCCUCCAUUUCGGAACUUCCUACGCCCAAAGCCCCAACCCAAUGGUGAUCCUGCUAUCUUGGAUGAGAACCAUCUAUCUCCAAAUCAACGUCCUGCGCCCAUAACCAUCCGCAGUAGCCAGGAUGAACCCACCGAGUACAAAUUGAGUGUGGUCAACGACAGCGGUGUCUAUCUUCCGCCUUCUCCUCCAGAGCGGUCGAGCUUUUGGCGCCGGUACCCGGGUUCAAACAAACCCAUCAACCAUCGAGAUCUCGUUGAUGAGAAUGAGCCUUUCUCCAUCUCUCGCGAGUCCUUUGACUCUUACCGCCGAUCAUUUGAUAUCUCCGCGCGCUCACCCAUCAUCCAUCCCGAUGCUGGUCCUUCUCGAACUUCUCUUGACUCUCGAUUCUCCCGGUUAACGCCGUCGGGCACUCUCUCCAAUAGCCUCACCAAGUCUGAAAUCAUGGAGGAAGAAGCCUUCGAAGAAGUAGGAUUAAAUGAUGAGGUGAAACCUAAGAAGAAGGGUUUCCUCUCCAGAUUCGGUGACUCUAGUCACGAUGCGCAAACACCCGGGCCCAAGACUUCUACUUCGUCUUUCGGCUUCCACAUUCCCGGCCGGAAGCGCGGCCAGAGUGGCGGCGGGUCAGAACUGGCAUCUGUGAAAGUGACCCCAUCUACCCCUGCGCCCACCGAUGAGACAUGA